UUUAUAUCAGUUGACAAAUGAACUUUGGACUUAAUACUUCCUGUCUCUACAGUCGUACAGAUGGCUGCCUCAGAUGUAGAUGUUAUACUGUGUGGGAUCUGUGAUACUCAGCAUGUUACACAUGUUGCUGAUUACUGGUGCCCUGAAUGUGAUGAAGGUUUGUGUUCGCCCUGUAAAAAUUAUCAUGGCGUGUCAAAAGCCUCGAGGCAACAUGGAAUUAUUUCUAUCGACGACUACAAGAAACUUCCUGCUGAGAUAUGUAAAAUUGAACAGAACUGUACAGAGCACGAAAAGAAAUUCCAAAUGUUUUGUCCAUGUCAUGACAAACUUUGUUGUAUAAUUUGCAUAUCCGAAAAACACAAAGAAUGCUCUGGAAUGUUUCUAAUUGACGAAGCCAUUAAGACAUCAAGAUCCUCCACUUUGUUUGGCAGCUUGGAGAAAUCUCUAAAAGAUAUUCAGGAAAACAUUGAAAGAGUAGUAAAGGACCGGAAAGCUAAUCUUGUUGAAAUAAAACAACAGCAUUUUAAAAGUUUAAAUGAUAUAAAAGACACAAGACAAAAAUUAAAUUCCCGCUUAGAUGAAUUAGAGAAAGACAUAAUAGACGAUUUGAAUUCAACUGAAACACAACUAAAACUCAAAAUUGAAACCCUUCUUAAUAAGUUAUCCACAAAAAUGAAAAACAUUGAGCUUUUGAAGACAAAUCUUAUGUCCGUCAAACAACACGGAUCCGAUCUGCAGGCUUUCAUUGGCAGUAAAAUGUUAGAAAAGGACGUCACUGAGGAGUUAAAAUACGUACAAAACAUAUCGAAAGAUGAUGGAUUUAGCCAAUUGGGUUUGAAAUGCCAGAUAGACGAUAAGGUCACAGACAUAUUAUCCAAAAUUAUUGCAUUUGGAUCAAUAACAAUUGAAAAAAGACAGUCGUCAAUCGUCAUUGGCGUCGGUCAUGAAAAGCAGGCUCAGAUUUUCACGGCUGUAUCACCCCGUAGUAAAUCGAUUGAUGAUAUCACUGCUUCAUUGAUAGGGGAAUUCGAGGUUUCAACAAGAAAAAGCAACUUGUGUAUAAAAGGCCUAUCUGUAUUCUCUGACGGAAGGAUAAUAUUUUCGAACUGGCAAAAUGACGGAGGAUUAAUUAUCGUACAUAGUGAUGGAACUUUAGACACUAAAAUAUCUGUUUCACCUCUACAACCGUUUGAUGUUACAUGCAUCGAUGACAAAACGGUAGCUGUUACAACGUUUUAUGACAGCAAAAUACUGAUUGUAGACACAGAAAACAAACAAAUUACCAAUACAAUCAAAACAGGCAAAUGUCGCGGUAUAACGUACAGACAAGGACAGCUAAUAUACUGUGAAGUAGGAAAAGGGAUCAUAGGGAUACAACUGUCAAACAAUAAAGUAAUUACUAUAGUGGAAGAUAACACCAUAACGCAUUAUUGGAGUUAUAUAACAACAUCGGGAGAGAAAAUUUACUUUACUGAUAAUAGAUCAACGGUCAAAUGCUACAGCGUAAAGGGAGACAAACUUUGGGAAUACAAGAACGAAUCAAUUUUAAGUGGUGCAACUGGAAUAGCUGUUAAUCAAAACGGCAUGGUAUACGUGAUUUCGAAAAGAAACCAAUCGGUCGUGAUGAUAUCGGAAGAUGGUAAAAAUAGCAGAACAUUACCAACUGCAGAAGAUAGAAUUAAGGAAUCAUACGGAAUUUAUUUUCAUAUUAACAAACUGUAUAUUGUAUUCGCUUCUGGGGUCCUCCUCAUAUUUGACAUUGCAUAAUGAAUUUUCAAAGUUAUCUUUAGUAGGUGAAAAGAUGUAAAAGAAAUUGUGGGGUCUAUGUAAAAAUGAAUGAUAAAUACUUAUAUUAAUUGAUAUAUCAGAUUACCUUCAGAGGGAUAUCCAGUCAACGAGACCAAAAGAAAAUUCACACUCUUUUUAUGAUAGAGUCGAGAAAGUCAAUAAUAAAACAAUGCCAGUGACGAUACUGAUCAACAGUUAUUUCUAAAUAAUAAUUGUAAAUUUUAAAGAUUUUUUUUGUUAAACUGUGUUAUCAGAAAUAUUCAUGCAAAUA